AAAAUAAAGAAGAGAGAGAGAGGAGAGAGAAAAAGGUGAGAACAGUUAAUGGCGGAGCGGUAUAAGGAAUCGCGUCUCUCGACAAAUCUGCCAUAAGCUCUGUAUCAUCAUUCUUCUCUAAUAGAAAAAAAAGCAGAACAAGAAACAAAGAAGCAGUGUUUUGAUGUUGUUGUUAGCGAAGGAGAAGAAGAAUAAAAACCAAUCUUCUCUCGCUCAAGAGUUCUCGAGAUGCGAGCUCAGUUCUGUAGAAAAGGAACCUUCUCUGUACUUCUCCUCUUCCUCCUUUUGAUUCUCAUCUUGCCCAAUCUUUAAUCCUCUUCUUUCUUCACUUUCACUCUUUCUUGUUUUCUCUCUCUCUCUCUCUCUGAUAAAAAAAAGAAAGUCAAUAAUAUUCUUCUUAUUGGUAUCAGAUCUGUUUCAUUGGUCCAUAAUUACUUAAAAAGAUUUAAAAUCUUGAGAGGGUUCUUGAUCUAGCGUUUGUUCUUGCUUGCCAUAAAAUCUGUUUCUCAUCCAAAUCUACCGACCAUUUUUUGUUGUGGGAGAUUUUUUUUUUUUUAAAUUUUUAUUACAGAAAAAAAAAUUCAAAGUAUUUUUACUUUAUUUUCUUGAUUCAAAAUCUGAAGAGAGAAUAAUAAUAAUAUAUAGAGAGGAAGGUUUUUUCUUGUAAGUAAGAAAAUAUUUUGAGUUUUUUUUGUUUUAUGGGAAUACCUGAUGGUUCACUCCUAGAUCUGAUUGUUAAAGUUAGGUCUUGGAUAACUUCUGAUCCAAGCGAUUCUUCUUUGUGCUACUACUCUUCUCCCAAACACUUUGAAACAACAACCAAGAUGCCUAUCCUUUCCUCCAAAACCUGCAAUGACUGUGGAGCCAAGAUAGAUGGUGGUUACUAUUGCCUCAGCUGCGGCCGUUUGUGGUGCAAGAGCUGCUGCUACUCUGAAUCCGACACAGAGGAGAGACAAGAAGAUUUCAAGAAGCUUUGCAGAGAAUGUGAUGGUGAGGUUCUUGAGUUGAGAGGAAAGGGAUAUGAUAAGGUUCACCCUCGUGAUAGCCCUGAUUCUCCUCCACCUUUCCUAGAUUGCAGGAACAUUGCUUCUAUUCGUUGCUAUCCUAGCAGGGGAGAGGAAGAAGAAGGAGGAGGAGGUAGAAGCUGUGGUGGUAAUAAACAGUUUCUAAGCCCUUCUAGUGAAUACUAUCAGGACAGUUCAGAUAUAGAGUCGGGUAGUGUUAGUGCUAGGCAUGAGCAUUUUAGCUGUGAGUCCAGUCCUCAUGACAGUCCAUUAAGGAACAAUUUUAGUCCUCUUGGGCGGUUUGUACAGCACGCCAAAGACCUGAGUAGUCCAAGAGUUGGUUCUUUUGACCAUCAACAACAACUCAUGGCUAAGCCAGAUCAUGAGGAGGAGGAGGAGGUGCAACAGCAACAGCAACCGUUGGAUUUUGAGAACAACGGCCGUAUCUGGUACCCUCCACCUCCUGAAGAUGAGAAUGAUGAUGCUGAGAGUAACUUCUUUGCGUAUGAUGAUGACGAUGAUGAUGAUGUUGUGGACUCUGCUGCUACCGAGUUUUCGUUGAGUAGUAGCUUCUCUAGAGAGAAGCUUGGAGAGAACAGUAAUGAACCACUUAAAACGGUUGUGCAUGACCAUUUCAGAGCUCUUGUUGCUGAGCUAUUACGUGGAGAAGAGCUUACUCCUUGUGAUGAUGAUGAUGAUGGUAGUGAUGGGAACUGGCUUGAUAUUGUCACUGCUUUGGCCUGGCAGGCGGCGAAUUUCGUUAAGCCGGAUACUCGUGAAGGAGGUAGUAUGGAUCCAGGGAACUAUGUCAAAAUCAAAUGUGUAGCAUCAGGGAAUCAAAAUGAAAGCACUCUUGUCCGGGGAAUAGUGUGUAGCAAGAACAUAACCCAUAAGAGAAUGACAUCACAGUACAAACAUCCAAGGGUGCUUCUAUUAGCUGGCUCUCUUGAGUAUCAGAGAGUUGCUGGCCAGUUAGCUUCCUUCAACACUCUGCUCCAACAGGAGAAUGAUCAUCUCAAGGCGAUUAUAGCAAGAAUAGAUUCACUUCAUCCUAAUGUUCUCCUAGUAGAGAAGAGUGUAUCUUCAUAUGCUCAGCAGUAUCUUCUAGAGAAGGAUAUUUCAUUAGUGCUCAAUGUGAAGAGGUCGUUGUUGGAUCAAAUAGCUCGUUGCACCGGUGCUGUUGUAUGCCCUUCUGUAGAUCGUAUCUCUACUGCUAGGUUAGGGCACUGUGAGCUGUUCAGGACAGAGAGAGUGUUGGAGCAACAUGAAGCUGGCACUCAGUCCAACAGAAAGCCUUCUAGGACAUUGAUGUACUUUGAAGGGUGUCCUAAGCGCCUAGGUUGCACGGUUGUGCUCAAGGGGAGUUGCCGUGAAGAGCUGAAGAAGGUAAAGCAUGUUAUUCAGUACGCUGUGUUUGCAGCUUACCACUUGUCAUUAGAGACUUCAUUCCUUGCGGAUGAAGGUGCUUCUCUGCCUAAGAUUAGACUGAAGCAGCCGGGGACGAUGGUGAGGUCAGCUUCAGAAAGAAGAAUAGUUGAUGAUGGCAUUUCUUUAGUAACUCAUUCUCCUACAGAGAAAGACCUUCAGGCUUUAACUGAUACAGCUGAAGAUACAGCACUGAUGCAAGAACAUGAGGAUUUUGAUCCAUGUCUGAUAUUCCCAUCAUCUUCAGGCAUGAUAUCUUGUGAUGAGUAUGGUGGAGAAAUCCCUGAAACACCGACUAAACAGUUGGGAGGCGAAGAGGAGAAGAACACACAAGAUUUGUCACAACAUGAGACAUUAGAUGAAGAUGAUGUUUCUAGUGAAUAUUUCUCUGCUGCAGACUCUCAUCAGAGCAUCUUGGUCUCGUUCUCAAGCCGCUGUGUUUUGAAAGAAUCAGUAUGUGAACGGUCAAGACUCUUGAGGAUUAAGUUCUAUGGUUCCUUUGAUAAACCUCUCGGAAAAUACUUGAGAGAUGAUCUUUUCGACCAGACUUCAAGCUGUAGAACGUGUAAGGAGCUGGUUGAUGCUCAUGUCCUUUGCUACUCUCACCAGAAUGGGAACCUUACUAUAAAUGUGAGACGUCACUCUUCCAUGAAGCUUCCUGGUGAACAAGAUGGGAAGAUAUGGAUGUGGCAUCGCUGCUUAAGAUGUGCACAUGAAGAUGGUGUCCCACCUGCUACUCGUAGAGUAGUUAUGUCUGAUGCUGCAUGGGGACUGUCCUUUGGGAAGUUUCUUGAACUUAGCUUUUCUAAUCAUGCAACUGCGAACCGGGUUGCAUCUUGUGGACAUUCCCUUCAGAGAGACUGCCUUAGAUUCUAUGGGUUUGGGAACAUGGUUGCUUUCUUUAGAUACUCUCCUAUCAAUAUACUUACGGUCUUCCUUCCUCCGUCAAUGCUUGAGUUUAACAGCCAUCCUCAACCUGAGUGGAUACGGACAGAGGCAGCAGAGCUUAUGAGUAAGAUGAGGACUAUGUAUGGUGAGAUAUCUGGAAUGCUCCACCGCAUGGAAGAGAAGAGCAGUUUACUUGAGCCUGAACAGCCUGAAGCCUCUGAUUUGCAGAGCCGCAUAAUGGGGUUAAAAGAUCAACUAGUGAAGGAGAAAGAUGAAUACAAUGAUGCAUUGCAACCUGUUUUUAUGGAGGAUCUGCAAAGUCAUGGGAGUUUGGAUAUUCUUGAGCUGAAUAGACUGAGGAGGGCACUCAUGAUUGGUUCUCAUGCUUGGGAUCAUCAGCUUUUCUUGUUGAACACUCAACUCAAAAAAGCUAGUGAUGAAAAUGCUUCUAGGAGUCUUGAGAUUCAGGAUCCUCCAGAGACUGACCAGAGUAGACUGCAAGAAGGUCAAGAUGAGGGGGAAGGACAGACCCAUUCUGACGCAGAAGCUAAUGAUGACAAUAAAGAACCAGCUAAGUUGCUCUCCCCUUGCUCUUCCCUGUCUGAGAAGAUAGAUUCAGCAUGGUUAGGCUCGUUUCAUAGUGAGACAGAAGGCUUCCCAGCUGCCAAGUCUCCCCUCAAGAGGCUAGCCAGGCCAAUCCGUGUGCAGUCAUUUGACUCAGCAGUACGGUUUCAAGAAAGGAUCCAAAAAGGUUUCCCACCAUCUUCUUUACACCUCUCAACACUCAGAUCUUUCCACGCUUCUGGCGAGUACAGGAACAUGGUGAGGGACCCUCUCUCUAAUGUGAUGAGGACUUACUCACAAAUGUUACCACUGGAAGUACAGAAGCUGGAUCUUAUCGUUGGUUCAACGCCUACAUACAUCUCUUCAGCUUCUCAGAUGGCUGAUGGGGCUAGGAUGCUGAUCCCUCAACGUGGCCUAAACGAUAUUGUGAUCCCUGUGUAUGAUGAUGAUCCCGCUAGUGUUGUCUCUUAUGCUCUCAACUCCAAGGAGUACAAAGAGUGGGUUGUUAAGAGAGGCAUCCCUAGGAGUAACAGAGAGUCUGAACCUUCUUCUACAUUCUCUACUUGGCGUUCUCUAGGGUCUAUGGAUACUGAUUACAUUCACCAUGCUGUGUAUGGAUCUUCUCAAGAUGAUAAGAAGUCUCCUCAUCUGACCAUCUCUUUCAGCGACCGCUCUUCCUCUGGUGCAACUGAGGGUAAAGUGAAGUUCUCUGUGACGUCUUACUUCGCAACACAGUUUGACACUCUGAGGAAGACUUGCUGUCCGAGCGAAGUGGACUUUGUGAGGUCCUUGAGCCGGUGUCAGAGAUGGUCUGCGCAGGGAGGGAAGAGUAAUGUUUACUUUGCCAAGUCAUUAGACGAGAGGUUCAUCAUAAAACAAGUUGUCAAGACCGAGCUGGAUUCUUUUGAGGAUUUUGCACCUGAGUACUUCAAGUACAUGAAGGAGUCUCUCAGCUCCGGGAGCCCUACUUGUCUUGCUAAGAUCCUCGGUAUCUACCAGGUCUCAAUCAAACACUCUAAAGGUGGUAAAGAAACUAAAAUGGACUUGAUGGUGAUGGAGAAUCUCUUCUACAAUAGAAAGAUCUCUAGGAUCUAUGAUCUCAAGGGAUCUGCACGGUCGAGAUACAAUCCAAACACAUCUGGAAAAGACAAAGUUUUGCUAGACAUGAACCUGCUUGAGACACUUCGGACAGAACCUAUAUUCUUAGGAAGCAAGGCCAAGAGAAGCCUUGAAAGAGCUAUAUGGAAUGACACAAACUUCUUAGCUUCUGUGGAUGUAAUGGACUAUUCACUGCUGGUUGGGUUUGAUGAAGAGCGUAAAGAGCUGGUUCUUGGGAUUAUAGACUUCAUGAGACAGUACACAUGGGACAAGCACCUUGAGACUUGGGUUAAAGCUUCAGGCAUUUUGGGUGGACCUAAGAACGCUUCUCCAACAAUAGUCUCACCAAAGCAAUACAAGAAAAGGUUUAGAAAGGCCAUGACUACUUACUUUCUCACUGUUCCUGAGCAGUGGACCUCUUGAAUUAAAGUGAAAGAAUGAACCAUUUUUCAUCAUUCUUUUGUUUUAGUGAUCUCAAUUUGUUAUUCAACAAUAAAGAAAAAGGGGGAUUGGUUUAACAGACUGAUACAACAACCUAUACAGGUUGGGACCUGACUGAUUGAUUUGAUCUUUUAUUUGUUUGUGUUUGAUGUGUGUGUGUGUGUUAGCUUCUCUGAGUCUGGAGAAUUGUAUAUUGUAUUUAUCGGCUAAACUUAUGCCACACAACUUGAAAGAAAAAAAUACUAAUGAUUUGCCAUUUUUCUUUUA